AUGGGCAAAGAGGUCAGUCUGAGUCAUGGUCUCCCUCGUUUUAACUGUCCUCUACUUUCCAGGAUGCAACAAGGCCGCCCAAUCGAGGCUGUCCAGGAGGAUGGCAACAUUUGUUUCCAAGACGGCUCAGGGGGCGAGGCUGACGUCCUGCUGUUUUGCACCGGGUACAACUUCAAGUAUUCAUUCCUGGAUGCGGCUCAGCUGGGUCUGGAGAUCAUUAGCCAUCUGAUCACACCUCUGUACCGCUUCCUGAUUCCCCCGGCCUUCCCCUCACUGUUCUUCAUUGGCAUCUGCAAUCCCAUCUGUCCCCACCCCAACUUCUAUUGCCAGAGCCGAUUCACCAUGACUAUGUUGGACGGCUCUGUCACUUUACCAUCUGAGGCCCAGAUGGAGGAGGAGAUCUGUGCAGAGAUGCAACAGAAGGUGGAGCACGGAGUCCAGCAGAGCCACAUGCUGAAUUUGGACAAGGAUCAGUGCUUCAUCUUUCAGCCUCAUCCCAUCCUCUCCAUAUCUGCUGCCAAACUCUGGUCCAGGGCUCGGCGGCAGCAGCUCCACAUCCUUUGAGCUGCUUGUGCUGGCAGCUCUGGCGAUCCUGGUGAGCGUCUGUUCGUAUGGUGAGGGCAGGUAGACCAUGAGGAACACGCCGUC